UCCCCUUUCCGCUCCACCGCCUUGCUGGCUGCCCGGCGACGCGGGGGGUGCCUGCGCCUGCUGCCGGAGGGGAGAGGAGGAGGAGCAGCGCGGGACGGUGGCGGGUAGGGGGCGGGCAGCCCAUCCCCGUCCCGAGCGAUGUGGCAGAGGCGGCACUCAGAUUUUGUGAAGUUAUCAGGGCUCUUGUUGGCAUCAUCGUUUGCUUGGUACUUGGGAUAUUUAUUUGCUGCUCAUGUACCACAAGAGUCACUGUCAACAUCUAUAGCUUAUCUUCAAGACAUUGGAAAGAAACCAGUGCUGAGGGCCCCACUCCCCAAAAGACAGAAGUGCGAUCACUGGUCUCCCUGCUCGCCUGGGAGCUAUGCCUAUCGGAUUCUUAGUGGUGGUGGCAGAGAAAAGCUGGCUAAAAUCUGUUUUGAGGAUGAGCUGCUUAUCAGUGAAGAAAAGGGUAAUGUUGGAAGAGGUAUAAACAUAGCCAUUGUGAAUUAUGAAACAGGAAAACUAACAUCGGCAAGUUUCUUUGACAUGUGGGCAGGAGACCACUCAGAAGAGAUGGUGGCUUUCAUUGAAAGUGCGCCACAAGGGUCCCUGCUUUUCAUGGUUACUCAUGAUGACGGAAGCACCCGGUUGAAAAGUAAUGCCAAAAAGUUAGUAGAAGCUCUGGGAAGUAAAGAAAUACAAAAUAUGAAGUUCAGGUCAAGCUGGGCUUUUAUAGCUGCUAAAGGCUUCAAGCUUCCAGACGAUAUCCAAAGAGAAAAGAUAAACCACUCUGACAAUAAGAAGAAUAGAUACAGUGGCUGGCCAGCUGAAAUACAGAUAGAGGGCUGUAUCCCAGGAAACCUGAUGUAAACAAAUGCAUACCUCCUUAGCAAAGAUUCUUCUGUAUUUUUACACGUAUAACUCUGGUAGUUUGCAUCCAGAAUCCAAAAAGCAUCUGAACAGCACUUGUAAAAUAAGUCAUAUGUACAGUUUUUGCCCUUGCUUUCAUUUGUGAGGUUUUUCUCUAAUGUGAAAACAAAUAGAUAUUUUGAUGACAAGUGGUAAUAAAAUACUCUGGUUUGGAAUUACAGUACAUAGGCAGUUGGUUGUAAAAUACCAGGGUUAUUGAAAGUGAUUGUACAUUGUCAUCAGUAAUUUGUUAGUUACUUGUUUUUAGCAUGUAUUUCCUUUUGGUUCCCUUUAUACGCUAACAUAAAACUUAAUUUAGCCUGUAAUAUAAAAUCACUAGCAAUAAAACAAGUUAUUUUGAUACUAA